AUGCAUGAAGGAAUUGAAAUUAACCAUAAAGAGCACAAGAAAAUGAAUAAAGACAAUGAAGGACACCUAGUACACAAAACAUCGCAAAACAUCAACGAUAGUAAACAACGAAAYGAACUAACACAAAGCAAGAGAGAUACAAAAGAACGCCAGAGAAACAUAGYACCACAGCGUGAAAUGAAUAUGGAACAUCAUCAGGGGGAGCAUGUAACUAGGCUAAAASCCCAAUCACCUGAACAUCUUAUUUAUKGGSGCGGGCGCUAUUUCUUACAUUUCAYGAAGGGUCAUCAUAAGAAGGACCAUUUUAAUAGAGAGAAGGGUAAUGACAUGRUGAAACGUCUUCAUCGUYCUCACCAUAGAAACCAGGAGAAAAACUAUCAUGGUUGGGAACAUCACGACAUGGAUCAGCRUUAUUUAUCACAUCAAAAAAAUCGCGACAACAGGCAUUACGACUACAACGAUCAUUUUGAGGAUAAUCGUCACAACGAUGCCAGUAAUCAACAUGACAACGAUGAUCACAUGGAUAAUUAUGGCUUUUAUAAACAUCACAAGGACGAUGGAAUUAAUCAUGGGCAUGAUGAUGUGGUACCUCGUAACAGACAUAUUCGUCCAUCAUGGCAUCACACCGAACAUCAAGGAAGCAGAUACCAUCACAACCAUCGAUCACGGCGUGAUAUUUCAUCGCAAGAUCAUGAAUUUUACAUGGUCAAUAACUACAAUAUAAGACCACUCCAUCCCAUCGUCCUUAUGAAAGACUUUGAAGUUGAGGACGACGAUGAUAUUGAAAUAUCUGGAGGAAGAAACAAAAGGAACCCCAACAACAAUAAAGGACUACCCUGUGACUCUUCACUUGAUGGACAGCUCAUUUAUGACAAGAAAAAUUGUCGUCUGUGUCAAUGUUCUAACGGACGGUUUGUUUGCGAGAGAAUACCAACGAAAUGUAGAACAAGCAAAUAUGACAACAAAUGUUCGUUUACUAACGGCGAUGUCGUCCAUGAAGGCACCACCCACUACGAUGGAUGCAACUAUUGUGCGUGCAGAAAACGUGAAUGGACAUGUACUCGUUUGCGAUGUCAUUCUGCAGGCUACGCAUACACCAAUUACGAAGCUGUGCCCGAUCACAUCAAGGGAAGUGAGCGACCAUAUGAUACAUGCAUGGACUGUGACGGUGAGCCCCUCACUCCUGUCUGCGCCCCUGACUGGAGAACUUAUCGUUCACUAUGUCACGCUAGAUUCUGUGGUGGCUAUGACAUAGAUGAAAUUACUCAAGGACCUUGCCAAACGAAAGACCCAUGUCAACAUKCUAAAUGUGGCAAGCAUGAAGUCUGUAUUCCAUUUUAUCGAGGUCCUUGUCUGAAUACCAAAACACGUGACGGUUAUCGCAUAAAUUGUGAACAGCAUCACUGCGUGUUGUUGGAUGGUAAUUGUCCUGCAAAAACUUUGCCGCAGGAGGUGGUAUGUGGGGAGGAUGGGCAAACGUACCCAUCUGCAUGCCACAUGGCUCACAACUCUAUCGCCUUUGCAUAUAGGGGACCUUGCAGACCUGCAUGUAUGACCGGAAACACACAGGUUUGUGGUACGGAUGGCGUUACCCUUCAGUCCGAUUGCCACGCACACUUAUUUGGUCUUCAUGUUGAUUACCCUGGGGCCUGCGAAGUCAUUGUUGCUAAACCAGAGCUAGUUCAGGAGGACAAGAAAUCUGUUUAUGUCAAUAGAAGAUGCAGUAAAGUACAAGAGAUGGCACGAUGUCUGUCUACAAGUUGUAAGGAUGUUGUCAUACCUGAAGGAAGCUGCUGUCCCGUAUGCGGUGCAUCAGUAAGCAUACGUGUGGAUAGAGCCAUAGUUAGCGAUCUGAUUUACUUCAGAACACUUUCGACAGACACCGACUUUUCUCGACUAGACGUGCUGCAGUCAUUUUUACGUAGCAAACAGGACACUGUGCAUGUGCGAAAAUGUCGCAUUACAGUUGACUUUACCGACAGAAACGAUAUAUCUGUUGUUUUUGUACCUCGUCAACCASGAUACAUAUCGUACUGUCAACAGGCAGCAAAACUAACUGUAGAUAAGGUCAACUCCCAGUCAAAUACCUCAAAUCCAUUGGAGGUUUUAAUGGCAUCGGCAGUUUUUGUUGAGCCUUUAUCUCAGCCCAAAUCGAGGGAAAGACGACGUUACAAUACAAGGAUGAAACGUGAUAUAUAUCUCGAGCACAAUUCGAACAGUGAUGGUGUUGCUCUGGCACCUCUCACUUACAAACUGACUGGGAUUUGGUACAUUACUUACCUUUUUAUCUAUAAUUGGUAGCUGAUUAURUAGCGUGCUAUCUAUUAAUGGGUUGCUGAUUAUGUAGUAUGCUCAUCUGAAACUAUUUCUUCCGGUGAAGCACCAUUAGAAA